ACUGGGGCUGCACAACAGGAAGAGGGCUGCUGGUGGUGCACGCAUCGACAAGGCAGCUGACCGCGCCAAACGAAUCUGUGAUCCUAAUUGUCUGGAAAUUCCUAUUUAAGAAGGGAUAGUUCCAGAUGACGGAACCAAUGAGGAGAUAAUUGGACUCCUGACCAAAGAGUGGGAAAAGGCGACGCCAAAUAUGAACCUCAUAAUUUUGAGGCUUAACUUAACGGCAGCCCACAGGCGGUCGAUAUGCAAAACGGGUGAAGUGAAAGCUGCAAUAGAAACACACCCUCCGUUGAAAGAUCCUUUUCAUAUUUUCAAUGAUAUGGAAAGGUUCUUCAACAAGAACGUGGUAGAGACGGUGAAGGAUUAUUUUAAUGCUGAGAGAUGUGAUCGACCAAUCCGAUCACUGAUGGGAUGUUCUCGUGCAAGACACAUUACCGAGGCAUACGUAAAUAUGCCAAACUGUGACGAGCUGGAUGUUAAAAGAGACUAUGUUCUGGCGGCCCUGCCGGCUCUGACCAGCAAGGAGCACGUUAACAAGUGGAUAAUAGUUGGGAAGGAACCUAAAGAAGUGGGUGCAAUCAUCCGAGUGGAUUCCGAUAGCGCCCAGUGGCUGGACGCCAAUCUUAGUACAUACACAAUAAUUGUGGACGGCGAGAAGUUCUCCGGUGUCCAGGGAGAAUUCUCCCUCACAGAGGCAAUAUGCUGCUGCAUGAGCCUCAUAUUUCUAUUUGAUCUUAAGUUUCCACUAUAUGUGACUGGGGCGUGGCGGUUUUUGGCAGAGCACAUCUGUGCUCUGCCAAGCUCAUCAAAAGCUGUCUCAACCGUGACACAGCUUUUAAUAAAUGUAUUUGAUUAA